GGUUCCCAUCUACUGCCGACACGAUUGAUGUUAACCUGUUGAGAGAGAAUUCAGAGAGAGAAACAGUGGUUGAGAGUUGCGGUGAAUUGGAGGGAUAUGGAGACUUAGACGGCGAGAGUUAGAGAGAUAAGCAGGGAGUUAGAGACGCAGGGAGUUGAGAGUUGCGGUGAAAUGGAGGGGUUGAUCAAGGGCCUCCUCGAUGUUGCUCUUGGACAGGGGAAUGAACCAGACUCUCCUUCACGAGAAGAACGCUCCAGAUCCACCUGGGCCGAGGUUGUAUCGGAAGGAAAUGACAAUGAAGGUUCACGUCCUCAGGACAAUUAUCGUCCCCAUCAUAGACAGGAGGAGGCUGAUGAUGGUUGGCAAAAUGUUGGUGGGUAUCAAAGGAAGCAUGAGGAGUAUCCACAACACAAGGGUUUAGCAAGUAGCCAACAAUAUGACAACGCGGAUUCAUAUGCAUCUCACGAAGACUGCCGUCCACAUCGAACCGACAUAGACUAUCCUCCCCGUAGAGAGGGGGUGAAUGUAAAUGGUGAUGGUUGGCAAACUUUUAGUGGACAUCACCGGAAACAAGAAGAGCACUCCCCCAAGCUUACUAGUGAAUCUCAUCAUGAAUAUGGGACUGGUUACACUGUUGAUACAAACCCCUCCAAAGAAGAGCUCUCUGAUCUAUCAAAAGCAUGUAAUAGACUCUGGGAGCUGGAUCUCAACCGCUUGGAACCUGGAAAAGACUAUAAGAUUGAUUGUGGAGAAGGGAAGAAGGUUUAUCAAAAGGAAGAUAUGGCUCAAAGUAAACUGUUUACCUGGUUGAACCCUGAUAUAUUUAAGCAGCCAACUUAUUUUCGUUUCCGUUUAUUACUGGAUAAUUACAAUCCAAAUGAAGGAUGCAAAGAAGUUGUUACUUCUCAAGAAAGACAAGAACAGGCUGCAUUUAUUGAGGAGAUUAGUUCCACUGCACCAAUCAAAUAUCUUCAUCAAUAUCUUGUCCACUUAGGUAUUGCACCUGAGAGUUAUGAAGAUUUCAAGGGAAUGCUGGUGCAUUUAUGGUUCGAUCUUUACAACAGAGGUGGGGCAUCCAGUUCUUCUGCUUUUGAACACGUUUUUGUUGGUGAAAUCAAGAACAAAACAGAAAAUGAAGUCUCUGGUUUUCACAACUGGAUCCAGUUUUAUUUGGAAGAAACAAUGGGAAGAGUUGAUUAUCAAGGAUACAUCAUUCCCAGAAGGCACAGAGAAAUGCCAGAUUCUGAAACUCAGUUACUCACAGUCCAGUUCGAAUGGAAUGGUAUUUUGAAAUCAGUUUCCAGCACUUUGGUUGGAGUGAGCCCAGAGUUUGAGAUUGCACUCUACACCCUCUGUUUUUACAUUGGUGAGGAAGACAACCACGUUCAACUUGGUCCCUACCCUGUGAAUAUAAAAUGCUAUCGUUUUGGGAAUGAGAAGAUUGGCUCCGUCUUUCCAAUAGCUCAGAACUAGCUUUCUAGUGGAUGAAGGGAAACUAUAUGGAUUUAUGUUGGGCGUCUGUAAAUUGAGCAAAUGCUUUAUUUCAAAGAGAAACGACCAUGCUAUUCAUUAUGGACCUUUGGCUAACUCUCGUAUAAGCAUACCUCUUUGAUAUAUUAUUAGUUUUUAGUAGAAUUGAAUAAUAAAAAGGAGUGUUGGGGUUUUACUGGAAA